CUUAGAUUAGAAAGGAAAAAGGAGAACUCAUUUUUGCACACACACGGAUGAAUAUUUUACACACAUCUUCUCUUUCUAUUGCCUCUCUGCCAUAUCCUUUGCACGAAAAUGGCCGUCGCCGCUCUCAGCUGUCUCCCGCCCUAGAAAGCUUGCAAUCACUGCCCACUGACUGUUGGGUUCAAAAAGUUCAACCCUUUUUCACUCCUUUACCCCCGUUUCGUCCCGAUUGUUAAUCGAACUCAGCUCUACCAACAGCGACAAUGGCGUCCACGCCGCCGCUCUCAAUCAACGCCCAGAAGCCUUAUCACAACAACCCGCUAACACAAAACAACUUCCAGACCAGCAGCCACCGUCAGCACCAGCAUCACCACCACCACAACCACCACCCGCAGCAGUACCGCCAGGUACCCAAUCAGAAAUUCUGGGUCCCGGGCACGCGCAGCGCCGCCGCCGCCGCUUCUUCCUCCGCUGCUACAGCUCCCGCCUUUCCUUCCCUAGCUCCCCUUAAGUCACCCGAUUCCAACCUCGCCGCCAACUUUUCGGGUCGCAGCUCGACCCGGGUUGUCUCCAAGUUCCACCUGGGUCGACCUAAGUCAACGGCGGGCUCCCGCCACACUCCAAUCUCCGAGGAGGCUCUCCGCCAGGUGAUGAGUUCAGGAAAAGACGAAUUAACCCUCGAGAACGUUCUCCUCGCGUUUGAGUCUCGCCUCUGCAGCUCCGACGACUACAUUUACAUGCUCCGUGAGCUCGGCAACAAUGGCGAUUGGGGAAGAGCCCUCUGCUGCUUCGAGUUUGCCAUCAAGAGGGAGAAGAGAAAGCUGGAGAAGGGGAAGUUAGCCAGCUCCAUGAUCAGCACACUCGGAAGAUUGGGCAAAGUGGAGCUGGCAAAGAGCGUCUUCGAGACAGCUUUCAAUGAAGGGUAUGGCAACAAUGUGUACACUUUCUCUGCUUUGAUUAGUGCUUAUGGGAAGAGUGGCUACUGUAAUGAAGCUAUGCAGGUCUUGGAAUCGAUGAAGUACUAUGGCCUUAAGCCGAAUUUGGUCACUUACAAUGCUGUGAUUGAUGCUUGUGGCAAGGGGGGAGUUGAGUAUAGCAAACUAGUAGAGAUUUUCAACCUCAUGUUGAAGGAUGAAGUGGAGCCUGAUCGAAUUACCUACAACACUCUGCUUGCUGUAUGUAGUAGAGGAGGUUUAUGGGAUGCUGCCAGAAGUUUGUUCAGUGAAAUGGAAGGUCGAGGGAUCCAACGGGAUUUGCAUACUUAUAAUACCCUUCUAGAUGCUGCUUGUAAAGCUGGGCAAUUAGACAUAGCAUCGAAGAUUAUGUCCGAGAUGCCUGGAGAGAAGAUGUUUCCAAAUGUGGUUACUUAUAGCAUUAUGAUUGAUGGUUAUGCUAAAGCUGGUAGAUUGAAUGAUGCCCUGUUGUUGUUUAAUGAAAUGAAGGUUAAGGGGAUUGAGUUGGAUAGAGUUUUGUAUAACACAUUGCUCUCGGUUUAUGCUAACCUUGGUAAACUUGAGGAGGCUCUGGACGUCUACAAGGAGAUGCAAGCUUUUGGAUUUGGAAGAGAUGUUGUUACUUAUAAUGCACUCAUAGCUACAUUUGGGAAGAAGUGCAAGUACCAUGAAGUGAGAAGAGUGUUUGAAGACAUGAAACUACGGCGUGUGUCUCCAAACUUGGUAACCUAUUCGACUUUGAUCGAUGUGUAUUCCAAAGGUGGGUUUUAUAAUGAAGCCAUGGAAGCGUUUAGAGAGUUGAAGCUAGCAGGAUUCGAGGCUGAUGUUGUUCUCUACAGUGCACUUAUCAAUGUGUUGUGUGUUGUGUUGGUGGAUUCGUUGAAACUGCUGUUUCUUUGCUUGAUGAGAUGACAAAGGCUGGUACUAGACCUAAUGUCGUAACUUACAACUCGAUCAUCAAUGGUUUUGGUCUGUCAUUUGAUUCGGAAUCUGUGGUGGUUAAUGAUGCUGAGAAGGGCGAUGAAAUGUUGCAAGUUGGUCCUUUAAGGACAAUUAUUGCCCAGGAGGCUGCUGGCUUAGAUGAGCUGAUGGAGAAAGGUGAUAACAAGAUCAUGAAGAUAUUUGGGCAGCUUGCCGCGGAGAAGGAUGGGUUAUCAAAGAAUGGCGAAAGGAAGGAACUUUUGUGCAUAUUGGGGCUCUUCCAAAAGAUGCAUGAGCUGCGAAUCAAACCAAAUGUUGUCACAUUUUCAGCCAUUCUAAAUGCUUGCAGUCGUUGUAAUUCCUUUCAAGAUGCCUCGGUGUUACUCGAGGAGCUACGCUCAUUCGAUAACCAAAUCUACGGUGUAGCUCAUGGACUCCUGAUGGGUUACAGAGGAAAUGCUUGGCUGCAGGCAUGCUCACUCUUUGACGAAAUGAAGUCUUUGGACGCUCCCACUGCAUCUGCCUUCUACAACGCGCUAACAGAUGUUCUGUGGCAUUUUGGGCAGAAACGUGGGGCCCAGCUAGUUGUGGUCGAAGGAAAACGUCGGCAGGUAUGGGAGACCGUGUGGUCAGACUCUUGCUUAGAUCUGCAUCUGAUGUCUUCUGGCGCUGCUCUAGCCAUGGUUCACACAUGGCUGCUUGAUAUCCGAUCCAUUGUGUUUGAAGGCCGAGAACUGCCCAAAUGGUUGAAGUAUGCAUCCUACCAUUAGCUCUGGUCAAUUACGCAAAUAAUCAUUGAACUACUCUGAUUUUUAACAAACUUGUAGAUCAUGUUGUUAGUGUCAUAAACCAGUUAGUGCCAAUAACUCGAAUUGUUGAGAGAAGGUUAUGUUGGAUCUUAUACCACUGUCUAACAGUUAGUAGGCUAAAAAUUUGCUGCCCUAAAGGAUACACUGUUUCAAGCAGCUGCUUAUAUACUCAUGUUACUUUUUGUUGUUGGUUUCUUGCAGCAUCCUGACUGGAUGGGGCAAGCAUAGUAAAGUGGUAGGAAACAGUGCCCUAAAGAGAAAUGUGGAAGCUCUGCUUACCGGAAUGGGAGCCCCAUUCCAACAGGCGAAAUGCAACCUAGGUCGGUUCAUAUCAUCAGGAGCUCUCGUCACGGCAUGGCUGAGAGAACCCGGCACCCUAAGCGUGCUCGUUCUUCACGAUGCCAGAACACCAGACGUCGCAGACAAUGAUGUUUCGAGAUCCGGUGUUGAAAUGCAGAUGAUUGCUUUGUAGUGGUGGUAGUAGUAGCUGUUUCAUUGUUGUACCAUCAUCAUCACCCUAUUUAUUUUGGUCUUAGGUUCCGUUCCAUAAAAUUCUGCUCAAACCAUUAGUAGGUUGGAGAGGGGACUUAAGCUACAUGUAGAGGUCUUGUCCAUGUAAGACAUUCUGCUCAAUCGAUAGAAGUUUUUCAGAGACAGAGAACUGUCUUUU